AUGCUGCCCGGGGCUGCUUCCGGCUUACCUGCUACCCCCUCUUCUGCGCUUGGAGCCCUUGCGCCCGCGCCCCAGGUUGCGAGGCUCUCAGGUUUCAAGCUCAGGAAGCAGAGGGACUACGCCGCGGUGGACCAGCCGACGCCCGCGGCGAAGAAGAGGAAGGAGGAAGCGAUGAUACUGCUCAGGGCCAAAUCGCUUGCGGCGGCCGCACCCUCCUCCGCGAGGAAGGGCAGUGACAGUGCUCGCGCUUCCUCGGCCCGAUCAUCCUCACGAGACAUGGGGGAGCGUCCUCCAGAGGAGGCAGCCCCCGUAGCCCCGCCGGCUCCAGAGGUGCCGGCGUCCGGCUCGGUUGCCAGGGCCUCCAGAGCUCAGGAGCCCCCGGCCUCCCAGGCCAUGGUGACUGUGUUGCCUCCUCCUUCUCCUACCGCGCUGCUGACCCCGGAUCCUUCCGCCUCCCCUGACAUCCUGGAGCGCGCUCUUUCUACGCUGACCCUACUGCGGGAGGAUCUUCAAGGCGCCGACCGUCGCCUGAAAACCAACAUCCCUAAAGCAGUCAAGAGCUUCUUCAAGACAGGGCAGCCCAGCAAUAGCUUCACAAUCUAG